AUGCUGAGAAGGGUGCUCCUUCAAGCCUCCACCCGCCGCCACCUGCCUUUUUCAUCCCCACUAUACCUCGGACCUCGGCAGCGACGCUUUUUCUCUGCUUCCUCGUCUUCCGGAUCUCCGAACGAGCAUUCUGUCGAACACUUGGAGGACUCACCUCAGUCUCCGCCCUCUGCGUCGAUCUCCGUCGACCGCUCCGCCUUAUACCAUCCACCCGAACAUUCUCACGAACCGUCUUCUGAAUCUGAGCUUGUCAAGCACCUUAAGAACUUAAUCAAGUUCCGAGGGGGUCCCAUUACAAUUGCGGAGUACAUGGAGGAAGUGUUAACGAAUCCGAAAACAGGUUUCUAUAUCAAUCGGGAUGUGUUUGGAGCCGGAGGUGAUUUCAUUACAUCACCGGAAGUGAGCCAGAUGUUUGGAGAGAUGGUGGGUAUUUGGGCAAUGUGCCUGUGGGAGCAAAUGGGACAGCCGGAAAGAGUUAAUUUGGUUGAGCUUGGACCAGGCAGAGGAACUCUUUUGGCCGACCUUCUGCGUGGUGCUUCAAAGUUCAAGAGUUUCACACAAUCUUUGCAAAUACACAUGGUUGAAUGUAGCCCGGUACUGCGGGAACUUCAGUACCAAAACUUGAAGUGCACGACUGAAGAUGGCGCGGAUGGGAAUUCAGAGGGAAGAUGUGUUAGCUCUAUAGUUGGGGCACCUGUGUCAUGGCAUGCAGUUCUCGAACAGGUUCCAACAGGAUUGCCUACAGUAGUCAUUGCCCAUGAGUUCUACGAUGCUUUGCCAGUGCACCAAUUUCAGAAAGCUUCUCGUGGGUGGUGUGAGAAGAUGAUUGAUGUUGCUGAGGACUCAACGUUUCGUUUAGUUUUAUCUCCGCAGCACACGCCCGCGACUCUUUAUCUCAUGCAGCGCUGCAAAUGGGCUGAGACUGAAGAAAUUGCUAGAGUUAAUCAGAUCGAGGUUUGCCCUAAGGCAAUGGAUUUAACUCAAGAAAUCGCCAAUAGAAUAGGCACAGAUGGUGGUGGGGCUCUCAUAAUUGAUUAUGGCCUCAAUGGAAUAGUAUCAGACAGUUUACAGGCAAUUCGAAAGCAUAAGUUUGUCGACAUACUUGAUGAUCCCGGUUCUGCUGAUCUCAGUGCGUAUGUUGAUUUUGCUGCAAUUAGGCAUGCUGCUGAAGAAAUUUCAGAUGUAUCUGUACAUGGUCCAAUGACCCAAUCUCAGUUUCUUGGCUCCCUUGGAAUCAACUUCCGGGUUGAAGCACUUUUACAAAAUUGUACUGAAGAACAGGCUGAGUGUUUAAAAACGGGAUACUGGCGUCUGGUGGGUGACGGGGAAGCCCCGUUUUGGGAGGGUCCCGAUGAUCAGUCUCCAAUUGGGAUGGGCAACAGAUACUUGGCCAUGACCAUCGUGAACAAGAACCAAGGUGUUCCAGUCCCUUUUCAGUAG